UGACACACUUUGUUUAUACUUUUCGAUGUAAACAAAAACAUAAAAGUAUGAUUGUUUACACAGAAAAAACGAAAAAGACAGUAUCAUUUAUUUCCUGAUAGUUCGCGUUCACAGGUGUUGUUCUUUUCUUAAAUAACAAGUUGGAAAUGGCAAAUUUCACUGGGAAAGUUGCUUUAAUCACAGGUGCUUCCAGCGGAAUUGGUGCGGCCACCGCCCUCCUAUUAGCCUCACUAGAAAGCAAAUUAAGUUUGGUUGGAAGAAAUGCCCAGAAUUUGGAUAAAGUUAUUGAUGACUGUAAGAAAGCUGGUGUGAAGGAGGGUGAUAUUUUAAAACUAAUUGGUGAUGUUACAAAGGAAGAUGAUUUGAAAAGGAUAGUAGAUUCCACAGUAAACCAUUUUGGGAAAUUGGAUAUUUUAGUUAAUAAUGCGGGUAUCCUACCAACUGGAACUGUUGAAUCUGGAAGCUUACAAGUUUUUGAUAAUGUAAUGGCGACUAAUGUUCGCUCUGUUUAUCUUCUUAGUCAUCUGGCUAUUCCACAUUUGAAAAAAACUAAAGGCAACAUUAUAAAUGUCUCAAGUAUUGCUGGCAAACGAUCAUUUCCAGGUGUUGCUGCAUAUUGUAUGAGUAAAGCAGCUGUGGAUCAACUAACUAGAUGUGCAGCUUUAGAAUUGGCUAGUUCUGGAGUGAGAGUGAAUGCUGUAAAUCCUGGCGUCAUUGUGACAGAAAUCCAUAAACGAGGUGGUAUGAGUAAAGAAGACUAUGCUAAGUUUUUAGAACAUUGUAAAGAGACUCAUGCAUUAGGUAGACCAGGCACUGUUGACGAAGUUGCUCAAUCCAUUGCAUUUCUUGCCAGUGACAAUACAGCUUCAUUCAUUACUGGAGUGACCUUAUCCAUUGAUGGAGGUCGUCAUGCCAUGUUCACCGGAAAAGUUGCUUUAAUCACAGGUGCUUCCAGUGGAAUUGGUGCCGGCACCGCCGUCUUAUUUGCUUCAUUAGAAUGCAAAUUAAGUGUGGUCGGAAGAAAUUCUCAAAAUUUAGACAAAGUUAUUGACGACUGUAAGAAAGCUGGGGCGAAGGAGGGUGAUAUUUUAAAACUAAUCGCUGAUGUUUCAAAAGAAGAUGAUUUGAAAAGAAUAGUAGAUUCCACAGUAAACCAUUUUGGGAAAUUGGACAUUUUAGUUAAUAAUGCGGGUAUCUUACAAAAUGGAACUGUUGAAUCUGGAAGCUUGCAAGUUUUUGAUGAUGUAAUGGGGAUUAAUGUUCGCUCUGUUUAUCUUCUCAGUCAUCUGGCUAUUCCUCAUUUGAAAAAGACUAAAGGAAACAUUGUAAAUGUCUCGAGUAUUGCUGGACUAAAAUCAUUUCCGGGCAUCGCUGCAUAUUGUAUGAGCAAAGCAGCUGUAGAUCAACUAACUAGAUGCGCAGCUCUAGAAUUGGCUAGUGAUGGUGUGAGAGUGAAUGCUGUCAAUCCAGGCGUCAUUGUGACAGAAAUCCAUAAACGAGGUGGUAUGAGUAAAGAAGAUUAUGCUAAGUUUUUAGAGCAUUGUAAAGAGACUCAUGCAUUAGGUAGACCAGGCACUGUUGACGAAGUUGCUCAAUCCAUUGCAUUUCUUGCCAGUGACAAUACAGCUUCAUUCAUUACUGGAGUGACCUUACCCAUCGAUGGAGGCCGUGGUGUUAUGUGUCCACGAUAAUUGCAAACCAAGAGGUUCAAAAACACUGAAUUUUAAAUAUAACAAUUUGAUAAAAAGAUUUGCUUGUCAAAUAUUAAUUUUUUUCAAACUGUGCCCUAAUUCCGUUCUUAGAAAUUUAAAUAAAUGAAUGCUCUGUGAGUGUUUUGCAAAAAGCAAGAAAUUGUCUUUUAUAACCAAUACAAAUUUAAUAUGUAUAAUUUAACUAAUUUUUUAAAUGGAGUAAAACAACAUUUGUUCCUCAAUGUUACCAAUAAGAGUUACAGCAGUACAAUAUGUAAUUUUACUUUUAAUUAAAAAGAAUCUUGAAUCA